AUGCCUGAAGCCGUUGGUAUUGCAAACUUGCCCAACCAGAGAUACAAAAUCAUCUCUCGAGAAGGGGCCACCUUCACCUUGAUGGUUUGUGGUGAAUCUGGCCUCGGUAAAACCACCUUCAUCAACACGUUGUUUCAAACUCUGUUGAAGGGGUACAAGGACCCCGAAACACGUCACCAAAAGUUCACUCUGGCUCACCAGACUGUUGAAAUUGAUAUCGUCCGUGCUAUCCUUGAAGAAAAGGGAUUCAAGAUUCGCCUUAAUGUCAUUGACACCCCUGGCUUUGGCAACAAUGUCAACAACACUGAUUCUUGGACCCCAAUCAUCGACUUCAUCGAUGAUCAACACGAAUCUUACAUGAAGCAGGAACAGCAACCUCGCCGGCACGAAAAGAAGGACUUGCGUGUCCACGCUUGUCUCUACUUCAUUCGCCCCACUGGUCACUCGCUUAAACCAUUAGAUAUCGAAAUCAUGAAGAGAUUGUCGACUCGAGUCAACUUAAUCCCUAUCAUUGCCAAGGCCGACACUUUGAGCCCCGUUGAAAUGGAAGGCUUCAAAUCGAGAAUAAGAGACAUCAUCGAAGCUCACGAUAUCAACAUCUACACGCCGCCCUUGGAACUCGAUGACCCUGCUUCAGCCGAACACGCUAAGCAAUUGAUCGAAUCGAUGCCUUUUGCUAUCAUCGGGUCGGAAGAAGAAUACGAAACCAGUCUGGGAACGCUUGUUCGCGGGAGAAAAUACCCCUGGGGGUUGGUAGAAGUGGAAAAUGACAAGCACUGCGACUUCAAGAAGUUGAGAUCAUUGUUGUUACGUACCAACAUGUUGGACCUCAUAUUGUCUACUCAAGAAUUGCACUUCGAGACAUUUAGAUCGCUCAAGUUGAGUGAUGAAGACACUAAGGAGGAGGAAGUGAACGAAAAUGGUGAAGUGGUGAAGAGAUCGGUAAAGAAGCCGCGGAGAUUCCACAACCCUAAGUUCAAGGAAGAAGAGGAUGCCUUGAAGAAGUUCUUCACUGAACAAGUGAAGGCCGAAGAACAGAGAUUCCGUCAAUGGGAAACCAAUAUUGUUAACGAAAGAAACCGGUUGAACCAAGACUUGGAAGAAAUGCAGAACAAGUUGAAGACUUUGGAAGAACAAGUCAAGCGCUUGCAAGUGACUAAACGCUGA